GGGACAUACAGCGCUGGAGGGAGGAAAUGUUGCCCCCUCAGCUCAAAGCCUUAAAAGUAAAAAAAAACAUGGGGAAUUCUGUUGGCAGCCCUAUUUUUGCUAAACACACACCAUAACCGAUGUUAUUUUUCCUAAUCACAACUAUACCCUUAAAACUUAACGCCCGUCAGUUGAAUUUAACGUCUGCUCCGGCCAUUUAUCUGUUGUCUGAGCUUGGAAGCUGUCUCGAGAAAGCGAGACGAAUGAUUCUAGUCCAUAGAUAUAUCCACGAUGAGUAAGCGAAAAGAGACCGCAUCUGAAAGUGAAGCCACCGUGUAGUCGUCGACCGAGAAGGAGAAGACCGGUUCUUGAAGCGGAAGCUCUCUGACUCUCGAGAAGGUGACUAAGAAGACUAAGAAGUCUCGAACCAGCAUCAUUCUCAAGCUUGCCGUUUGUCUCUUUGGAACAGGAGGAUUAAAGGUCUAUCUUUAGGAGCUACAAUGCACCAAACAUAUAUGCCGCAAACAAGUCAUCCUCCAACAAGGGGAAAUUACCUAGUUUGAAGGAACAAUGCUAAUGCCAUAUCAACCAAUAGUGGUGCUGAUAUUCCUCCAAACAUGAACCCUGGGUUGCUGAAAUUGUUUUGAACAUCAGAAGGGAAUAUUCCAGAAAACUUCAGGAGCCCAGUCGUCCAACGGCCCAAGAACAGACUAACCGCAGCAGUCAACCGGAUCCACGAACGUCAAGUGCCAAGUCCACGGACCGCUCUACCGACGACGCUUGGCCGCCCUGCGCCGUGCCCUUCUCGGCUUCUCAGUCGACGCGUACGCUUCCAGCAGGCAGCAGUCCUCACUCCUCACUUCCUCAUCCUUCUGGUGCCCCCUGCUUACUGCUUCAGGCUUAACGCCUUCACCGGAAUCACCGCUUCAGCGGCUCAGCCCUUCAGAAAACCAACCGAGGGUUAUUAUUGUCUCAACAUAGUCACUUUUGUCUUAAAUGGCUUGAUCAAAAUCUUUGUCACACAAUAGAAGAUCAGAGAUUGAUCCCAUCAAAGAAGAGUUGAACUUAGCCCUACAAAGAAGAAGACUUAUAUUUUGCCUCCUCAUCGCCCAAAAGCUUAUAGACAUCUCCAAUGCAAAUCAAACUUUUCAUCCUCCAGAACAUCAAAUGACACAAACAUACAUAUACAUUACAAGCAGGUUUUAUAGACAAUAAUUAAAUUCUUCUAAUAUCCUUCAUUUCCUGCGAAAAUGUAUUUUUUGAGCGAAUUUCAUUGUAUAUCUUUUUCUUCAUCAAAUUUCCGAUUGAAAAAAAUUGGAUCUUUUCCCCUAAACCCACUUUGCUCAAUCCAUUAUCCACCUCAUUCCAAUUCGCCAUUCACUGAGAGGCACUCAGUUGAGAAGUACCAGAGGGACAGCUGGAUGUACAAGAACCAAUUGGAGCAGCCAUCCUCCUCGUGCCCACUCCCAGCUGACCCAAACUUUGGGAUCAUGGACUAUGAUAACGUUGCUCAGAAGCAGAUUCCUGAGCUCCAGAAGUUGCUUGACUUGCUUCAAGAGAAGCGAGUGGAAAAUGGCAAUGCUGGGAAGAGUUGUCCUACUAAUGUGUUUCUGGUAGGAGCGGGGCCUGGGGACCCAGAGUUGUUGACUCUUAAGGCGUUGAGAGUGAUUCAGAAUGCUGAUUUGCUGCUAUAUGAUAGAUUGGUUUCCAAUGAUGUGCUCAACCUGGUGGGUCCUCAUGUCAGGCUUCUAUAUGUUGGCAAAACUGCUGGUUACCACAGCAGAACACAGGUAGAAAUUCAUGAGUUGCUUCUUAGUUUUGCUGAAGUUGGGGCCACUGUUGUGCGGUUAAAAGGAGGGGAUCCCUUGGUGUUUGGGCGGGGUGGGGAAGAGAUGGACUUUCUACGACAACGAGGAAUUGAAGUGAAAGUCAUACCUGGAAUUACUGCAGCAUCCGGAAUAGCAGCAGAGCUUGGAAUCCCAUUGACCCACCGCGGGGUCUCUAAUAGUGUUAGGUUUCUGACAGGCCACUCAGGAAAAGGAGGAACAGAAGAGCCUCUAUAUGUAACAGCAGAGAAUGCAGUAGCAGACCUGGAUUCCACCUUGGUUGUUUAUAUGGGACUGUCAACUCUUCCAUCUCUGGUCUCAAAGUUGAUGCAUCAUGGCGGCCUACCCCCUGAUACACCUGCUGCUGCUGUCGAACGAGGGACCACACUACAACAACGCUCUGUAUUUGCGGAAUUGAACAAUCUAGCAGAUGAAGUUGCUUCACACCAACUGGUAUCACCAACUUUGAUCAUCAUUGGGAAGGUUGUUGCACUUUCACCUUUGUGGCCAUGUUCUAUUGAAGCUGAGAGGGCUCCAGUCUUGGAUGAGUCUCAGAUUGGGCAAGCGUUAUUUGGAGGGAAUAAUAGAUGGCCAUUGGUGUUUUCUUAAUGUUCAGUAGGGACCCACCUUGUUGCUACCUUGGGUGCUUAAUUGCCCAAGAAUUUGAUAAGCUGUGCCGUUUACUUAUUGAGAGGAAGGAAAGGCAUUGGAGUCAGGUUACAUGGCAUUUUUUUGAAAGGAAAAUGAUGGUUGGAUUAAUGAUAAGGGGGCAUGUGGCAUUGGAGAACAAACUGAACUACAUAUUUGUUGGAUAGACAACCAGGCAAAUCUUGGGCACUCUUUUUGCAUACAUGUGGGAUACUGGCAUAUUGGCUGUUCUGCUACUAAUCCCAUCCAAGAGCAGGCUAAUAACAGCCCAGAUAGGCUACUUUUCAAGUUAUCUUCUCAAAAGAAAGUUUCCAAAGACAGAAAGUGCGGUUUUGGCAAGGGUGGUUUGGCUCAUGAGCCUGGAUCUUUUGAAUUUCUGAAAGAAAAAAUAUUUGGUAAAUCCAUGUCAGCAAAAUGAGAUAGUUAGAAGUACUUAUUUUACUUAAUCUGUUGACAAAAGAAAGAAGUUACUUCUUGGUAUGGUUGGGAAGUGGGAACAUCGAAGAAAACUUUACACCAUUUGUUAUUUAUACAAUUAUACAUUUUUUGUCAUGUUAUCUUUGUUUUCACGUUAAAGAUGGAUGAUAUGAACUUAUCCAAACGCAGCAGAACUUUAGAUAUAUCAAGUAGGAAUUUCAGAGAUCUCAGAAUGUCCUUAAACAACUACAAUGGUGAAUGGUGUAACUAGGGGUGGGCAAUUUGAUUUCCGUUUAUUCAGUUUGGGACAUAUUGUACCAAAAUAAAACCAUCUAUGUUUGUGUGGUUUGAAGUUCUGUU